AUGAUCGGUACCGCUGCUUCGCGCAGCCUUUUCUCGUCUGGCUUCAAGGCGCAGAGGUCGGCGAUGUCCCUCGCUGGUGCCUCGACGCUGGCUGCACGCAGAUCGAUGCUGGCACCAGUGCAGCUUCGCGCGCUGCACACGUCGCUGCAGCAAUAUGCUGCCAACCCUCAGUCGGGCAAGCCUGCCUCGGACUCGUGGUCGCACACCAAGCAGAACAUCAAGGAGGAGGCUGCCUCGAUCCGCUCGAGCAUCGAGUCGUCCAUCGCCGGCGGUGGCAAGGGCGGCGAGGGCGGCGAGGGCACAGGCGCCCAGACGAGCGCUGGCGGCGGCGGAGCUUCGGGUGCGUCCGAAAUCCUCAAGGAUGCCAAGAGCAUCACGGCUGAGAUGGCGCAGGUGGUGCCGCGGCCAGCGCUCUUGUGGGGCGUUGCGGGUCUGAUCCCGUACGUGAGCACGGCGGGCGCAUCGAUCUGGCUGGCGCGCAAGGAGCAUCUCGUCAACCUCGGGCUGGACAAGUCGAUGGACGCCGAGACGGCAAGCGCUCUGCUGCUGCACGCCCAGAACAUCCAGGUGGGCUACGGCGCGGUGCUGCUCUCGUUCCUGGGGGCGAUGCACUGGGGCUUCGAAUUCAGCAAGUACGGCGGACGCAUUGGCAACACUCGUUACGCCAUCGGUGUACUGCCUCUGGUGCUCGGAUGGCCGACCACGCUGCUCGCGCCACAGCUGGCUCUCAUUGGCCAGUGGGCGUCGUUCGUGGUGGCCUGGUUCAUCGACCUGCGCGCUACGAGCGCUGGAUGGGUGCCCAAGUGGUACUCCACCUACCGCUUCUGGCUGACGCUGGCCGUUGGCACCAGCAUCAUCGCCACGCUGGCGGGUACCAACUACUACGCGCCCGGCAGCAGGAGCACGCUCGGCGGCACGGCGUCCAAGCUGGCGGACGAGGUCAAGGCGGACGCUCCCACCAAGAUGAAGCUGCUCAAGCAGAGCGCACAGGGCAACAAGGGUGGCGUCAUCAAGCAUACCGAGGUGGGCGGCGACGUCGAGGCGACUAGCGCAGGCGCCGAGGGCGACAGCUACGUCGUCGUGGGCAAUCCCAAGAGGAAAGAGGAGGAGCGCAAGGAGCAGGAGGAGGAGGAGAGGAAGAAGAAGGAGGAGGAAGAAAAGAAGAAGAAGGAAGAGGCGAGCAAGGGAGGCGACGACAAGGACAAGAAGGACUCGGACAAGAAGGACGAGUAG